AUAGUAGGUGGAAAGGUUGGUGGUUUAGAAGGAGAAUGUAUCGUGGGAUCGGGUAUAAGUGAUUGGUUCCUUUGGCGAGGAGAAGAUCCGUCGGUAGGCGGGCAGCUGUAGGGCGGGGACUCUAUUGAUUUAAAUUUGGUUUGCCGGUGCGCGUGUCAAUAGUCAACACACUGCCGUGAAGAGCGCGCGCUCAAGCACCUACUACGCUUACGCUUACACUGGUCGUGUUGUUCGUAUCUAAAGGUUAGGCCCUUCUCUGUGCAGUCAAUAGGAUAUGUCGACUAAUACGAAAAACGGAACGAUCGAGGAUGCGGAGCAUUUAAUCGAACCCACAACUUUCCAGAGUGCCAUACCGCAAAAAAGGCACGAAUUGUUGAAGUGGAAUGGCUGGGGAUACAGGGAUUCCGAAUUUCGUGUCAACGAAAAGAACAUUCUCGAGUUUACUGGCAACCGGUACCCGAUCGGGAACAAAGAACUUCCGUAUUUCACCAAAUGGGUUCAAGACGUGGUUGGCGUUGAUAUGACCAAGAAAAGUCCAUGUCAAUCUAUGCCAACAAAGUUUCCAGAACCGGUUAUAUCGUCGGAACACAUGGAAGCGAUUCAGGAGUUAAACAUCGAGUACUCCACAAAAGGCAUCGAUCGAUUCUUUAGAGCGCACGGGCACACGGUGCGAGAAAUUUUUAUUUUAAAACAUGGCAUGUUCAAGAGAAUACCCGACAUCGUCCUCUGGCCAAAGAGUCACGAGGACGUCGUAAAAAUAAUUAAAUUAUGCGCUCGGUAUGGAUCGGUCUGUAUUCCGUUUGGAGGUGGAACCAGCGUCAGCUGUGCAUGCUCUUGUCCGGCGAACGAGCGACGAACGAUAAUCUUACUGGACACUAGCCAAAUGAAUAGAAUAUUAUGGAUAGAUAGGGAAAAUUUAAUCGCCUGCUGUGAGUCUGGUAUCAUCGGUCAGGAUCUUGAAAAACAACUGCGCCUUCAAGGUCUAACUUCCGGUCACGAACCGGAUUCUUACGAAUUUUCUAGCUUAGGUGGAUGGGUCGCGACGAGGGCGAGCGGUAUGAAGAAGAAUCGAUACGGGAACAUCGAGGAUCUAGUCGUUCGAGUGAGAAUGGUCACUGGCAGAACGGACGAUCCCGAAAUAACGCUGGAAAGGGGUAUCUUGGUACCCCGUGCCUCGUGUGGACCCGAUUUCGAUCAUGUGAUCCUCGGUAGCGAGGGAACUUUGGGCGUCGUGACGGAAGUAGUGUUGAAAAUUAGGCCGAUACCAAAAGUAGUUAAAUACGGUAGCAUAGUUUUUCCGAAUUUUCAAACCGGUGUAAUGGCGAUGCGUCAGGUGGCAAUGGAACGAUGUCAACCGGCGAGCAUACGCCUGAUGGACAACGAGCAGUUUCAGUUUGGUCAGGUUCUGAGACCCGAGACUGGCUGGGGUGGUUUGAUUCUUCAAGGAUUCAAGCAAGCCUAUAUCACGAUGAUAAAAGGUUUCAAGUGGGACCAAUUGUGCGUUGCUACGCUCUUGUUCGAAGGCAACACGUCGGCCGAUGUAGCGGCGCAGGAACAAAAGAUUUAUAACAUCGCGAAACAAUUCAACGGUGUGCCAGCUGGAGAAACAAACGGCGAACGGGGAUACGUACUAACGUUCGUAAUAGCGUACAUUCGAGAUCUCGGUCUCGAGUACUAUGUUUUGGCCGAAUCUUUUGAAACCUCGGUUUCCUGGAAACGUGCUCUGCCGUUAUGUAGAAACGUGAAAUCGCGUGUGGCCAGAGAGUGUUUCGCGCGCGGUAUCAAAAAAUACUUUAUCUCUUGUCGUGUUACGCAAACCUACGACGCCGGUUGUUGUAUAUACUUUUACAUGGCGUUCAACUAUUAUAACCUCUCGGACCCCGUCGAGACGUACGAAACGAUCGAGCACGUCGCACGCGAGGAGAUUCUCGCCAUUGGCGGUUCCUUGUCCCACCAUCACGGCGUGGGCAAACUACGUUCCUGUUUUUACGAGGACGCUGUCGGCCAACAGGGAGUGUCCCUCUACCGAGCUGCCAAAUUACAUCUGGAUCCACAUAAUAUAUUCGCAGCUGGAAACCUGGAUCCAAAAUGCAUAUCGAAACUGUGAAUCGAACGCAAACGAAACAUUGUGAUAGUCGGACUCUGGUCACACUGGGGAUAUACAUAUAUCAUUCAACUCGGGAGGGUUAUGGUUCUUAUUAAGAGAAUUUUCGAUAUACGAUCGAGACGAUCGGUAAUGCAGUUUACUGAAAGGUCUGGACGAUAUAGAGAUGGUGUGCGUUAAAGAAACAGACUAGUAUAAUAUAUAAAUAAAUAUGCACCACGGUGUCAGUUGGUACAAAUACGGAAUUGUAUUUGCAUCGACAUUUUUAUAAGUUAUUAUAAAUAAACAAGACUCGCUUACUUAUAGUA